CGUCCCCUGCUCUCUCAGGCUCAGCUUGCUCGUUCCCUUCCCCGGAGAACCACAAGCUGAAGCUGAAACUGAAUCUGAUUCAUUUUCUUUUCUUUAGUUCAAUUUUUCUUCUACAAUUAUUUUACCCAAUUAGGGGGAUUCAGUCCUUAAUCUGAACAAAGACAAGGAUGAAGUCUCUCUCACCGUCUCCGGGCGUUAGUCUCAAGUCUGUAUUCGGGACGUCAUUCACCAACCGCGCCUACCGAGUCUCUCCGAGUCCACUCGUCGUCCAAUGUGUGUCUCGGUCCGACUCGGCCAACACCCAUUUCAACAUCGGCAGCGGCGGAGGCGGCUCCGCCCGAGCCGACUGGCAGAGCUCAUGCGCCAUCCUGGCCAGCAAGGUCGUGUCCCAGAAGCAGGACACCGAGAAGAGCGGCGACAGCGACAGCAUCACCGCCGUGAACGGCCACAAGACGCUGGAUCUCGUUCCCAUUGACAACCUCCCGAAGCCGCUCACCAUUACUGACCUGUCUCCAGCGCCGAUGCAUGGCUCCAAUCUCCGGGUGGCCUAUCAGGGAGUCCCCGGCGCAUACAGUGAGGCCGCCGCCGGCAAGGCCUAUCCGAACUGCGAGGCCAUCCCUUGCGACCAGUUCGAGGUUGCAUUCCAGGCGGUGGAGCUAUGGAUCGCGGAUCGCGCCGUCUUGCCGGUGGAGAACUCCCUCGGAGGCAGCAUCCACCGGAACUACGACCUCCUCCUCAGGCAUCGCCUCCACAUCGUGGGCGAAGUACAGCUGCCCGUCCACCAUUGCCUCCUCGCCCUACCAGGCGUGCGGAAGGAGUACCUAACGCGCGUGAUCAGCCAUCCUCAAGCCCUAUCCCAGUGCGAGCACACUCUCACCAAACUCGGCCUCAGCGUCGCGCGGGAGGCCGUCGACGACACCGCAGGCGCGGCGGAGUUCGUGGCGGCGAACAACCUCCACGACACGGCGGCGAUCGCCUCGUCGCGCGCAGCCGAGCUAUACGGCCUCCAUAUCCUGGCCGACGGCAUCCAAGACGACUCGAGCAACGUGACGCGGUUCGUGAUGCUGGCGAGAGAGCCAAUCAUUCCGAGAACGGAUCGGCCAUUCAAGACGAGCAUCGUUUUCGCGCACGACAAGGGAACGUCGGUGCUGUUCAAGGUCCUGUCGGCGUUCGCGUUCCGGAACAUCAGCCUGACGAAGAUCGAGAGCCGGCCCCACCGGAACCGGCCGUUAAGGCUGGUCGGCGACUCGAAUAUCGGGACGGCGAAGCACUUCGAGUACAUGUUCUACGUGGAUUUCGAAGCGUCCAUGGCGGAGGUUAGGGCACAGAACGCCCUCGCUGAGGUUCAGGAGUUCACGUCUUUCUUGAGGGUUCUGGGCAGUUAUCCGAUGGACAUGACUCCAUGGUGCCCCACCCGGGAUGAUUAACAAAACCUGCUCCCUUCCUCUCCUCUGUGUACUACCCACUUUCUAAACAAAAAAAAAAAUUAAAAAAAAUUUAAAGAAUCUAUUUUUAUUUUAUUUAAAAAUUGGAAUUUGCUUUUUCUUGUUCCAGAGUUUUUUAAUUCAUCAAAUGAAACUCAUUAUGACAGAAGGAGAAAAUCAAAAGGAAACAGUGGUUUGGUUGGGUGGGUGGGUGUGUAGCUUAAAAUAAUAGAGAAAGUUGGGUUGUUACAUGGUAAGAUUGUGAAUAUAAUAACCCUAUUGUCUUUUGUAAUCUUCUUCUUCUUCUAUUUAUGUAUUAGGGGGGGAUGCAAUGAAGAAAUGAACAAGGAGUAAAUACUUUUGUGCUUGUUGUA